AUGGCUUGGUACCAGAUUACUCCCACGCAAAGCGAACUAGCUUGGACGUCGUUGCCCCGGCCAGGGAAAAUGGCCACCAUUAUUGUUCCGAAUAACGGAUACCCUUGCUCUGUCAAACGUCGGUACAUUGAAGGUGAUGCUGGCAACCUCCAACUCUGCCUUACAGAAGUCGCCCGUGCAUUACGCGCGCAGCAAGAACAACUCCCGGGCCUAACCAAGGGUCCGCUGGCAUGCGUGCCAUCGCUCCUCAAGCCACAUUACCAUCUCGCUGGACUCCGUCACUAG